UUCGUCAAUCUCCCGAGUUUCCUUAAGAACUCAAUGAAGUCAUGGAGUAUUUUAAAAAUGUCAGGAGUUAAUUUAUUUUCAUGACAGAUUACACACGUAGAACUUCCAUCACAUCCAUCAACCUGGCUCUGAUAUAACUAUACGAGCAUUUGCUUUGAAAAAAUAAAAUUUUAGAAGAAAAAUGAGGAAUAGCACCCUCCUCUGCCUUGUGUUGGUGUUAGCAGAAUGUGCCGUCGGACUGAGAAUAAGAUACAGAUAUCCCUCACGGGGCCUCUCCUCUGGACCUAGACGAACCUUGAGGGGUUGGCGGUCAAGUAGUUGGUAUGAUGACGUCAUCUACAAUGGACGGAGACGGCCGCAGAGCUUGACCUCCAGAAUUUGGUCUAAUGACAGAGUCCCUUAUCAGAGAUCGUGGUAUUACCCAGAUAACAUUCAUUCAUCAUGGCGAUCUAAAGGCACAGGAACACGUGACCGAUCCACCAUACACAGGAAGUAUGGAUCCUUCGGGGACUACUUACCACUUCCGGUUGGAGAGAAAUUCAAAUCUUCGCCACUGAAAGAUCGUCGAGCCACGAAGCAACCGCUCCCCUCUGGACAUCUUGCACCGGAGAUAGAGCGCUGGGGGAAUGAAGUCAAAGCAAAGGUCCGCUCUGGAUAUUAUGGUUCAAAACCGAUAUUCGAUCAAAUCUAAUUUAUGUUUGUAACCUUUCAUUUCACCCUCUUUCUAACUGAGCUGCACGAUAUGUAUUAUAUUCUUAAGGUUUAUGUAAUUGCUCUUUCCUGCACGUUUUAACUUGACAAUGUAAUUAUGUACCGUUUAGCGUUUUUCCCGCGGGGUGUUAAAUUGGACGUAUUUUAGCGGUUAGAUAGCUUUUUCACUCGCCAAGUAUGCACCCAAUUGUGCAACCAUUUGUUAGAGAGGUAAUUCUUCCUUGUCCGCCAAAAUUUAUUCCACUAAAAUUAUUAGCAUACUUUUGAGCCAACAAAUCGCCAAAUGUUUGACCCGCGGAAAAAAAAAAACCCACGCUAUACAGUACCUACGAAAGCCCAUUGACCUCAUUUUCGUACCUGAAAAAACUAUCGCGUUAGAACGCGUAACUUUCGCGAAUUAAUGCGAAAAUUUCGCAUUAUAAUGCCAAACUUUCGCGAAUUAAAGCGAGACUUUUAGGUUAUAAAGCGUAGAUUUUGCUUAUAAACACGGAUUUAUGGAUUGAAUGCGCUCAAUAUUACAAAUGUAGCUUGAAAUGAUUUGUUCAUUAUAAUGAAUAAAAAUAGCGAUAGACUUGUCCAUGCAGAUGUACUUUGUAAUUUUGUAUAUGCACAUCUCUUGAUAUAAUUUGCCUGCUUCAAGAAGAUCAUCUUAUUGACGUUUGAUUCUGUUGUACAUAUAUUGUGUUAUAUACAUGUAUUAAUUGUCACAUAGGAAAGGUCUUUCUAGCCAAUAAAAUAUGUUAAAACCAUA